UUUGCAAUCGCUACUAGUACGCUUGCGUAGAACCAGUUUCUGUGUUCCUUCGAGCUUCCUUUUCCGUUUUGAUCUGAAAAAGAACCAAAAUGGUGCAGCGGUUAACCUAUCGUCGACGAUUGUCAUACAAUACGAAAAGCAACAGGAGACGCGUAGUACGCACACCUGGCGGAAAGUUGGUAUAUCAGUAUCUUAAAAAACCCAAGAAGAUCCCCAGAUGUGGAUUAUGCAAAGACAAACUGAGAGGAAUCCAGCCUGCUAGACCGAUGGAAAGGUCCAGAAUGUGCAGGCGUAAGAAGACGGUGAAACGCGUGUACGGCGGUGUUCUUUGUCACAAAUGCGUAAAAGAAAGAAUCGUCCGUGCUUUCCUAAUCGAAGAACAGAAGAUCGUCGUCAAGUAUAUGAAGGCGCGUAAUGCAAAAACGAAAGCGGAGAAGUGAUCUUUUGCUUUUUAUUAAUUAAAUAAAAUACAUAAAAUCGAUA